AGUGAAGCCGCUGCUGGACAUAAACAACAGGCUGCAAAUGUAUCUUGUGAGCUCAUUUUAUCACAAACCACAACAAGUCUUUGUUGCAACAUAUCCGGCAUAGGGAGAGAUCAGAGAUGAGGCUCAGCUCUAUUUUUCUGCUGUGCCUGGCAGCAGCCCUGUCCUCUGCCUUUGUGGUUUCACAUUCACACAUGUGGACCAAACUGAUCCUGACCCACCACUGGCCCAGCACCUUCUGUAGUAUGGAGCAUUGUCAUCCCAACAUUAGCUACUGGACACUACAUGGACUUUGGCCAAAUUCAGGGAGUUUCUGCAAUUCAUCAUGGCAUUUCAACACUUCUGAAAUAGAGGACCUGCUGCCAGACAUGGAGAAGAGUUGGCCUGACUUACUUAAACCUGCUUCUCCUGGAUUCUGGAAGUAUGAGUGGCAAAAACAUGGUACAUGUGCAGCCAAAGCAGACACUCUGAACAGUCAACAUAAAUACUUCAGCAAGGGACUGGAACUAUACCAUAAAGUGGACUUGGAUAGCAUCCUGAAGAAGUUCGACAUCAUCCCUUCAGAAAAAUACUACACAUUUUCACAAAUUGAAGGAGUCAUAGAAAACUUCUAUGGUGUCAAACCCAAGAUCCAAUGUGCCCAUCCAAAGAAUGCUGGUGUCCAGAUUUUGGGCCAGGUUGAGAUCUGUUUCAACAGUGACUUCACCCUCCUGGACUGCGAGAAAGAGUUUACACUGGAAACCAUCUCUAAGGGAGACUGGGACAUUCCCAUGGGUGUUGACAAGGCAUCUGGGUUCAGUGUGUGUGAUCAUGACACGCCAGUUUAUUACCCACCUCUGCCUUAAAACACACGCACACACACACUGAAACAGCACAGUACAACCCUACUUUUACAAAUGCACACAUACAUAAAGGCAUAGAAACAAAUGCAUUCUUUGUUUACUUUGUCAUUUGUACUGUAAUUCAGCACACAUACACAGGCAGAGACACACUGAUCUUACACUAUAAUGUUAUUUUUCUCUGGCUUUACAAUGAACAUCAUACCCUUUAAUGAUAAUAAUAAUGUACGUAUGUCAAAAAUAGCAUCACACAAUCAGUGCAGUUUGAAAACAAUUUGAGAUGCUGCAUUAAAAUUCUGGCUGUGACAGGUUGUACUUGGAAAAAUCAAAUUUAAGUGCAUUGUUCUUUUUAUAUCCUACAAAACACCAGGAUACACAGACUCCACUACUACAUAGUACUUUAAUGGAAUUAUGUCCCUUGCUGACCCUCUCUGGUAGAUGAAUCCGACAGUGCACAGCAGGUUUUUUUCCAUGGCACAAUGGGGGGCAUCAUGGUAGGUUCAGGUCAGGCAGGCCGACGGGCAGUCUGUGUAUUGUGUCUUUGAUGGUGUUAGCAAACGAGUGAGGCCUUUAUAUGUGUAUCUGUGUUGUAUCUGCAGGUAACUUUUCAUGUUAUUGAUUUUGUAGAAUGUCAAAUCCAAGUGUGUAUCUUGAGUCGACUGGCCGUGUUUUAUACUACUCUGUGUGCCUAUGUGUUACCUAUUAAGUGCUAAAUCUUUUUGUGGGGGUGAUAGUAUUUUCAUACUAAAUAAUACUAAUAAAGUAAUUAAUCCAAUACAUCAUAAUAGGUAGCAAUUUAUAUUGUGAAAUUGUUUUUCAUAGUUUAAUCACAACGCAAGGAAUGCAUUAUUUUGGGGCUGCUGGGACUGCUUUGCCAUAUGUCAACAACUACAUCUCCUUAUUGCAUAAUAAACUAGAGGCAGUUGAUACCAACUACCCUCUAGUGUUUUUCAAGUAAAUAUGUCUUUAUUCAAUGUGUUAAUCAGGUUAGGGCUGUUAGUAACAUUAGAUUACACACCAAGUAGACUAGACUUGUUUCUCAAGGAUGUAGCAAAUGCUGUUUUGAUCAACACUAUUUCAUCCUCCACUGAAAGAUGAUUUUUUUUUUAUUUAUAUGAUGUCUUGUUUCUAUUGAUGCUGUUUGUCUGUGGCUGUUUUUGUGUACACUUAAAUCAAUUCCGUCUAAGCUGAAAGGUCAGUGGUUAUUGUAAUUACAACAACAGUUGACAAGUGCUGUGGUGUACAUUUUGUUUUUGUUUUUUUUUUUAGUCAAUUUGUAAUGUCAAUAAAACAUUCAGUUCAGGUCAAUGUGCCCUCUAGUCAUCAGUGAGUUAUGCAACUUGUAAUAUUGAUAAAGUGUAUCAGUUUGCAUUUUUAAUGUAUGCAAUUGAAAGUGAAUUCAACCUAUAAAUAGAUGCUGAAUAAAUAUAGAAGGACCAUCUGCA